GUUCAAACCACAAACACUACAAAUGAGAAAAUACAUAAACACCUUUUGUCAUUUGUAAAGUCGACACCAAAUAGAGUUGGCAAAAAAUUCGAUAGUUCCCUUGUGCACGUGCAUAUAUUUUGUGUUGAGCACUGCCACUAUUACUCUAUUCAGUGUAUAUGUUUUGUGGCCACUACUUGCUUGCGUUUGUGUUCUGUGUCAUCCAAACAACUCAAAUUGCUAACCUAAAAAAGUUUUUGAAAGGUGAAAACCCGUGAAAGUCAAGUUUUUCCAAAUGGAAAUGGACGAAACCUUUGAAACCUCAAGUAAACCAGCAAGAGAACCUCCACAUUUCGGAAAUGAAAUUGAGGAUGGUAUGAAUCGUAGGACAAUCAAAUGUCAACACUGCCAGUCACUAAUUUUAACACCUGGUUCUGCAGACUAUUUUGAGCGUGAUCAGUUGCCCUUGAUGAAACAGAAAAAGACUAAAGAAGCAGAUCCAGAGACUGAAAGUGUAUCAUCAUUUUGGGUGGUUAAGGACAUGUUUACAUUCCAAAAUGUAGGAUUUUCUAACACUGUUGGUACCACAAAAUACUUAUCUUGUGCAGACUGUGAGGCAGGACCCAUAGGUUACCAUGACUUGAACAGUAGAAUCAGUUAUGUUGCUCUUGAUCGAGUUUCACAUACAAAUUAACAUAAGUACUGUAAUUUUAAGGAAAUAAUGUAUUACCACUAAGCUGAUGAUAUCUGAAAUGUAUUUUUAUACUUUUUAUCAAACAUGGCAUAUAUUUGUUUUUUGAGGAUACUAUAUCUUAAGCUUGCUGCAAAAACAAGGCAACACCAUUUUUCUAUUCUGUUUUCAGUUGAAAACUUUUUCACAGUUAUACCUGUUGCUGACAAAAUUGUUCAGUUUAUGGUUUCUUAUACUCCGAUAUUUGUAUUUGAAUACAACUUUUACGCUAAUAUAACCCUCACUUUCUUACCUGAUUUAUAAAAUCUUGUCAAGCAGGUAAAUGCCAAUUACUACAAACUUUGUUUUGAGAGUUGUUAUCUGGUUUUUGCAGUAACUUAACAAUAUGGUAAUAUUUAUUAAAAUAGUAUCUUGUGACAAAAAACAUCCUAAUUGUAACACCAUUUUAUUUAAUAUAUAUAUAUAAUGUAUAUAUAAAACAAUUCAAAGUUUUAUUUUCUUGCUGUCAAAUUGUGGUUUUUGACUGCUUUUCCUUUUCUUUUUAACCUUCUCACUUAUGUGUGUCUUGACCUCAUCUUGUAAUUGUGUGAAGAAUGCCUUAGAAGAUCUUAUGGCUUUCGGAUUCAGUUUUUCAUCCAUCUGUAAAAAUAUAAACAAAUAAAUUUACAAUUUGAAAUUCAUA